CGUGAAGAUGAUUCACUCUUCCUGAAAAAUCAUAAGCCCUUUUUCAAAAGCUCUUCUACCUAGCGCUGGGUGAGACAUGUAGGUGGGCAAGGUUCUGAAUGAUGAGUGACAUGUGUUUCUGUGAUGCCACUUGGAGCCUCUUUCACUGGGGAAUGGAUUGAUAAAGAAGCCUGGAGAUUUGACAGUAGACUGGUGAAGAACACCAGAGUGGUGACUUCUGCCUCUGUUUGUUUGACUGGACUCAAAUACAGUGCAACUUAUUUGCAAAGCAAGGCGGGGUUUUCCUCCCCAUACCCUCCUCUUCUUUCUUUUUUUCCUGCUUCCUCUAAUGAAGACAGCACAGUGACGUCCCACCUUUCUGAUUUAGAACACAUCACCUUCCAAGACAGAUGGUCUGUCAAAGAGCUGUGGGAUGCCUGCAGAGAACAUCAUAAUGAAGUAGUGAAUUGAUAGCGCUGCUGCUACCUAAUUGUCAGGAUCACAACCAAUAAGGCUGUGCUGCCCUUUCCCUGCUUCUUUAAUCGGGUCAGGAACAGCAGGGUGGACAUGGCUGGCCUCGUUAACAACCUGCUAAUAUUGUUCCUUAUUUUUCAAAACAGCUGUUUGGCUUUCAGAAGCCCACUUUCUGUCUUUAAGAGAUAUAAGGACACUGUCAGGUCUCAUUCUAAUGAAUGUCUUGGCAGCAACAGACAGCUUGUUCCUCUAGGGUUGUCAGAUUUUGCACUGGACAUUCGCAUGCCUGGGGUGACACCAAAGCAGUCUGAUACCUACCUUUGCAUGUCCCUCCGUUUGCCAGUGGAAGAGGAAGCCUAUGUAGUUGACUUCAGACCUCAGGCUAGCAUGGACACUGUCCACCAUAUGCUACUGUUUGGAUGUAACAAUCCUGCUUCAGAUGAAGAUUACUGGGACUGCAAUGGAGGAACAUGCAUGGAUACAUCCAAUAUUUUGUAUGCUUGGGCAAGGAAUGCUCCACCUACAAGAUUACCAAAAGGUGUUGGAUUCCAAGUUGGAGGAGAAAAAGGUAGCAAAUACUUUGUGCUCCAAGUUCAUUAUGGAGAUAUUAGUGCAUUCAAAGAUAAACACAAAGACUGUUCUGGUGUAACUUUACAUCUGACUAAUCAAAAGCAGCCUAUGAUUGCUGGCAUGUAUCUUAUGAUGUCAAUGGAUACGGUCAUACCACCAGGAGAGAAAGCGGUUAAUUCUGAUAUUGCUUGUCAUUAUAAAAUGUACCCAAUGCAUCUAUUUGCCUAUAGAGUACACACCCAUCACUUAGGAAAAGUCGUAAGUGGGUAUAGAGUCAGAGAUGGUCAGUGGACAUUGAUUGGCAGGCAAAGUCCACAGUUGCCACAGGCAUUUUACCCUGUAGAUAAUCCUGUAGAAAUCAAGUAUGGAGAUACUCUGGCAGCAAGAUGUGUUUUCACUGGUGAAGGGAGAUCUUCAGAAACCUAUAUUGGAGGCACAGCCAGUGAUGAAAUGUGCAAUUUCUACAUUAUGUAUUACAUGGAAGCCAAACAUGCAGUCUCAUACAUGACCUGUACACAGAACAUAAAUCCAGAGAUGUUCAGAAGUAUACCAGAAGAGGCAAAUAUUCCAAUUCCAGUCAAGUCUGAUAUGACCAUGAUGGCCCAUGGACAUCAUGAAGAGAGCAGAGGUGGAGAUACAGGCUCAGUAAUGCAGCAGCCUAAAAGAGAAGAUGAGGAGGUUUUAGAUCAGGGUGAUUUCUAUUCACUCAUUUCCAAGCUGCUAGGAGAAAGGGAAGAUGUUGUUCAUGUGCACAAAUAUAACCCUACAGAAAAGGCAGAAUCAGAUCUUGUAGCUGAGAUUGCUAAUGUAGUCCAGAAGAAGGAUCUUGGUUGGCCCGAUGCCAGAGAGUUUUCCAGUAAUGAUGAAAGGGCCAAUGCCAUUCUUGUCAGAGACAGAAUUCACAAAUUUCACAGAUUAGAGUCCACUCUGAGGCCACCAGAGAACAGGCAUCUUGCUUUACAACAACCUAAACAUGGUGAAGGGAACUGGGAAAAAGAACGUACAGGAGAUUUAAACAUAGAAGAAAUAGUUGACUGGCCUGGAGUAAACCUCAAACUGGGCCAGGUUUCUGGGUUGGCCCUGGAUCCUAACAGUAACCUGGUGGUUUUUCACAGGGGCGAUCACAUCUGGGAUGCAAACUCCUUUGAUAGUCAAUAUAUUUAUCAACAAAAGGUGCUUGGACCCAUUAAAGAAAGUACAAUUCUCGUACUUGACCCUAAUAAUUCAGCAGUUCUUCAUUCCACAGGAAGAAAUCUGUUUUAUUUACCGCAUGGCUUGAGUAUAGAUAAUAAUGGCAACUACUGGGUGACUGAUGUAGCUCUUCAUCAGAUAUUCAAACUGGGAUCACACAGUGUGGAAUCUCCUUUGUUGACUCUAGGGAGGGCUUUUCAACCUGGAAGCGACAAAAAUCAUUUCUGCCAACCCACAGAUGUAGCAGUGGAUCCAGUUACUGGCAAUAUUUAUGUGUCUGAUGGCUACUGUAAUAGUCGUAUUGUUAAGUUUUCUCCAAACGGAAUGUUCAUCAUGCAAUGGGGCGAAGAGACUUCCAUAGGUCAGGCUAAACCUAGCCAGUUCAGCAUCCCCCACAGUUUAACACUUGUGUCUGAUUUUGGUCAACUGUGUGUAGCUGACAGAGAGAACGGUCGGAUUCAGUGUUUUAAACCAGAAACUGGACAAUUUGUGAAAGAAAUCAGACAUCCGUUGUUUGGAAGAGAAGUGUUUGCCAUUUCAUAUGCCCCAGGUGGUCUGCUGUUUGCAGUUAAUGGAAAGCCUUACCCUGGAGACAAGGAGCCGCUGCAAGCAUUUAUGAUGAACUUUUCAACUGGAGCAAUCAUUGACACUUUCAUUCCACUUAGAAAGAAUUUUGAAAUGCCACAUGACAUCAUUGCUUCAGAAGACAGAUUGGUGUAUAUUGGUGAUGCUCAUUCCAACACAGUAUGGAAAUUUACAUCCACAGAAAAGAUGGAACAUCGGUCUGUUAAAAAGGCUGGGAUUGAGGUUCAGGAAAUAAAAGAAACAGAGGCUGUUAUAGAAGCCAGAUUGACAAGCAAGCCCACAUCAAAGGAAUUGUUAAAGAAAGAGGAAAAGCAUCAUGUGGUCCAGCAAGCCAACACAGAGGUUUCUGUUGUUCUUAUUACAACACUACUCAUUAUUCCAAUUGUAGUCCUCUUGGCAAUUGCAGUAUUUAUUUGGUGGAGAAAGACAAGAUUAUAUGGAGCUGAUGCUGAGCAUAAAGUUGAUUCAAGUUCAGGGAGAAUCCUGGGCAGAUUUAGAGGAAAGGGCGGUGGAGGCCUGAACCUGGGGAAUUUCUUCGCAAGUCGCGCAGGCUACAGCCGAAAAGGAUUUGACCGACUUAGUACAGAAGGAAGUGAUCAAGAAAAAGAUGAGGAUGAUGCUACUGAUUCAGAAGAAGAAGAUUCUAUUCCUCAGCCUCCAGUGUUACCCCCAUCUUCUUCCUGAAACUGGCCUUUGAUUUCUACAUUGUAUGAUUCUACAAUAAUUGCCAGAUUUAGCACGUUUCAAAAUUUUGUGUAUUUAAUUGUAAACUGUACUAGUCCUUUGUGAGGCUGUACACAUUUUUUUUUCUUUUGCUCCAUUUUGAUUUUUGGGUGUGAGCAUUUCAUAUCAGUGCCAUUGUCCUAUGUGAAUCUUUUAAUAAAGCAGAACAAUCCCAUUUUAAUUUCAGUAAUGAUUUUAAAGUAGUAGUAUUUCUUCAUUGGGGACCUUCUCUAUAUUUGUAAAUAAGUCCCAGUCUCUGCUUAAAGAAAAUAUUUUUCAGUUUCCAGUUUUUCUUUUGUGCCUUUUCACUUUCUAUGCCCUUAACAUAUCACAAAACAGAAAAAAUACAGUGCCACAAUAAAACAAAGCUGCUAGAAUCCCCUAUUUUUUAAGAAAAGGAAUCACUGGCAUUCUGUUGCUUUGAGGGGAAAGAUUAUAAAAGCCUCUUAUUUAAAAUGUUUUUCUUCUUCUUCUUCUUCUUCCUCCACACUUGUGUGCUCCCAGGAUGUCUUAUUUUUAGAUGGUUAAACUGUUAGAACACUAUUUUCAGAAGCUGAAUGUAAUUUGUGUAAUAAAGUGUUCGCAGAGCAUUA